AUGGAUGUGACAGGAUCGAUUAACAAUGAAGAAGUUAUUGAAACUAUUGAAAAUGAAGAAGACGUAGAUUAUUCAGAAGAGAGGGAACUUGUGGAUGAUUCCUGUUCUACCAAAGUUCUGGAUACGUGUCAGGCACCUCGGGAUAGUUAUUAUAUUGUUUACAUAUUGUUUUAUUUAUUUGGUAUAACAUCACUCGUACCUUGGAAUUUCUUGAUCACUGCCAAUGAUUAUUGGAUGUACAAAUUCCGUGAUGUCUCCAAUGUCACAGUGUAUGUUCGGAAGACUCAGUUUCAAGCUGAAUUCACCUCCUAUCUCAAUGUCGCUACUGCUAUACCCAACUUAAUAUUUCUUGUGUUGAAUUCUCUUUAUGGACAUUUGGUAUCAGUAAAAAGCAGACUCCAAGGAUCUCUCGUAGUAGUGACAUUAUGUUUCCUAGUGACGACGGCUUUGGUACAAGUGGAUACAGAUAAAUACCAGAACACUUUCUUUAUAGUGACAAUGGUUAGCGUUGUUAUUAUGACUGCCGCCAGUGCAGUUUUCAUCGGGGGGCUGGUAGGAAUAGCGAGUAAAUUUUCAAGAGAAUAUAUGGCGGCAGUGAUUAGUGGACAAUCCUUAGGCGGUAUCAUAGCAGCUAUAGCCCAAAUAAUAUCGCUUGCCUUCAAAAUAUCCCCCCUCCACAGUGCCCUAAUAUAUUUCUGUAUUGCCGAUAUAAUGGUCGUACUGUCUCUGGUAUCCUACGUACUGCUAUAUAAGAUUGACUUUUUCACGCAUCACAUAUUAAGGGGUUGUGGUAUGGGACCCAACCGCCAUAGGGAAGUUUCCAUGGUGUUGAUUCUAAAGAAGAUAUGGGUUUAUGCCUUCAGUAUAUUUGCAGUAUUCGGUAUUUCCAUGGCAGUUUAUCCGGCUGUGACGGUUUUGGUUGAAUCUCACCCGGUUACGUCGGGCACUGAUUGGAACAAUAUAUUUUUCGUCCCUGUCGUCAAUUAUCUGAUAUUCAACUGUGGAGACUACGCGGGAAGACUUGUUGCUGGCUUUUUGCUGCGGCCAAUGAACCAAUGGUUGAUAGCAACAGCCAGCGUGCUCCGUAUCGUGGGCGUGCCGAUGCUAAUGCUCUGCAACGCUCAGCCGCGCAAGCACCUGCCGGUCGUCUUCCUCUGGGACUACGAGUACAUAGCGAUCAUGAUCGUGUUCGCAUUCACUAACGGAUACCUGACUAAUAUUGUCAUGAUUAAUUCUACUAGAGUGGUAGAAAUGCAUGAGAGGGAGAAGGCGUCAUCUGUAAUAGCCACUUUGCUUAGUGUCGGUUUGACAGCCGGCGCUGCGGUCAGUAUGCUAUUAGUGAGAUUAUUG